GCAACGCGAGCUAAAAUUCUCCACAGGAAAUGGAGACAACAAGUGGGUGAAAAUACAAGUCGGUCAGAUACCCAACAUUACGAAUAAAACGAUCCUGUCUUUUUUUUCUCUUGCUGUUUCUAUUUUCUUUUUACUCUGUCGAAGGCAUGGAAAGCAGGUAUUAUGGACAAGAAGAUCGUGUUUAUAACUUUAUCUGGAGUAUUUACUUCUGCCCAAAAAACAAUAAACAUAAAUAAACCACUUCUCCAUUUUAUAUCUUGCAUAAUUAACCCAAUCAUAUCUGCCUCCAACGUCAAGAAGCGGAAAUGCAGCCGACAUCCCCUACUAGGUUCCAGCCUCUUUGUUCCGAGAACCAAGGCUUCAGACGCGCUUUUACGCAGUGAAUCGUAGAGUGAUCCGUUAAAAAAUGGAGCAAUGAGGGUUGGGUGUUUGUGGUACGGGGAACAGGUUAGGUUUUUUAGCGACCAGGAAGCGCCUACCAACGCAUCAAAGGCAACAGUUUAUGCAUGGCCCGUAAAGUCAAAAGGUCCAGAGGGCUCGUGCUGGCUUGCUGGUCCGCGUCUCCGUACUGACCUUAUUUGGUUUCGUUACCUGUAAUCUACCAGGUACUCCAUACAUGAGGCUGUUGGCCUUCACACACGGGGCGCAGUAGUGACUUGGGGCAAUUUAUAGCCCCCAAGCUGAAUGUUUGUGGCAAAAAAAGACAAGCAAGAGGAAAAAAAAAUUUUUUUUAUACCCCAACCAACACGAGUGCAUCCCUACGCCUUGCCCGAUAUUAUUGUUCCCUUAUCAGCUGGACGCGGGUGAGAAAAGGGCCACGGAUAAAAAUUAAAAUAAAAUAAAAAGUUAUCGAACAAAAAGUGCCCCUCUCAGC